UGUUUCGCAGCCCGGAGCUGUAGCAGCUGUUCGCUCUAGCAACUGGUUAGUCCAGCUUGCUGGGACUUUGACUUGCCGCUGAACUCCUGACAAGGGUCGCCCAGGGAUGCCUCUCGGCUUCUUUCUACGAGUAGCUUAACGCGCCCCGCCUGCCGUCCGGAUGGGACCGCCGGAGUGCUGUAAGAGGCGGGACGGAGGCUGCGGGCGAAGCCAGAGUUCCCAGUGAAUAUUGAGUUGCUGAGGAAUUUGGUUAAAGACAAGCUGCCAUUCCCAUUCCAUGGAUCCCUUGGGUGCCCCUUCUCAGUUUGUAAAUGUGGAUACACUACCAAGCUGGGGUGAACUUUGUGAAGAUGAAUUGAAUGCUUCUGAUACUGGAGCUGAAACAUUUCAGGAAGACACUAUUAGAUCACCUUUUCUUUAUAAUAAGGACAUCAAUGCAAAAGUGAUUCUUUGGAAAGGAGAUGUGGCAUUAUUGAACUGUACAGCCAUCGUGAAUACCAGCAAUGAAAGUCUUACAGACAAGAAUCCUGUGUCAGAAAGUAUCUUCAUGCUCGCAGGGCCUGAUUUGAAGGAGGAUCUCCAGAAACUUAAAGGUUGCCGGACAGGUGAAGCAAAAUUGACAAAAGGCUUUAACCUAGCUGCCCGGUUCAUCAUUCACACAGUGGGACCUAAAUACAAGAGCCGCUAUCGCACAGCAGCUGAGAGUUCCCUGUACAGCUGUUACAGAAAUGUGCUUCAGCUGGCAAAAGAGCAGCCAGUGUCUUCUGUUGGAUUCUGUGUCAUCAAUUCUGCAAAAAGAGGUUAUCCUUUAGAGGAUGCAACACACAUAGCACUUCGCACUGUAAGGAGAUUCCUAGAGGUUCAUGGGGAGACCAUUGAAAAAGUAGUAUUUGCUGUCUCUGACCUUGAAGAGGCUACUUACCGCAAGCUGCUACCUCUGUACUUCCCAAGAUCAUUAAAGGAGGAGAGUCGGUCAUUGCCCUACCUCCCUGCAGAUAUUGGAAAUGCAGAAGGGGAGCCUGUAGUACCUGAACGGCAGAUUCGAAUAAGUGAGAAACCUGGUGCCCCAGAGGACAACCAAGAGGAAGAGGAUGAAGGCUUAGGAGUUGAUCUGUCUUUCAUUGGCUCUCAUGCUUUUGCUCGAAUGGAAGGAGAUAUUGAUAAGCAAAGAAGACUCAUCCUUCAGGGGCAGUUAUCAGAGGCAGCCCUGCAGAAGCAGCAUCAGAGAAAUUAUAAUCGCUGGUUAUGUCAAGCAAGAUCUGAGGAUCUAUCUGAUAUUGCUUCUCUAAAAGCCUUAUACCAAACAGGUGUUGAUAACUAUGGUCGAACAGUGAUGGUGGUCGUUGGAAGAAACAUUCCUGUAACAUUAAUAGAUAUGGACAAGGCUCUCUUGUAUUUUAUCCAUGUAAUGGAUCAUAUUGUUGUGAAGGAAUAUGUAUUAGUAUAUUUUCACACACUUACCAGCGAAUACAAUCACCUGGACUCUGACUUCCUGAAGAAACUCUACGAUGUUGUUGAUGUCAAGUACAAGAGGAAUUUGAAGGCUGUUUAUUUUGUUCAUCCAACAUUUCGUUCAAAGGUAUCAACAUGGUUUUUUACCACCUUUUCUGUCUCAGGACUGAAGGACAAAAUCCACCAUGUGGAUAGCCUCCACCAGCUAUUUUCUGCCAUAUCACCAGAACAGAUUGACUUUCCUCCUUUUGUCCUUGAAUAUGAUGCCAGGGAAAAUGGGCCUUACUAUACAUUUUAUCCCCCAUCACCCGAUCUGUGACCUGCCAUCUAUCAGUGCUACUGGUUUCCAAGGACACCACUUUCUCCACUAAUUGCUACCUAUUGAAGUGAUACUCAUUUUUGCUGUUCAGAUCCAGAGAGCCUUUUGUAUCCACCUCUCUGGUAUUUUUUUAUUGACUAUAUUUUCUGGCACAUAAGCUGCUGAAAAUGGUAGGCCAUUCUGAACUGCACAUUUAUUUUAAAUUUGUAUAUUUGUAUCUAAUGAAAAUGUUUGUUUUUAGAGGGUUGUUAAUAGAAACUGGGAGCAACUUUUGAGUACCUUCAGUUUCCUGAAAGGGUACUGUAUUCUCCAUUAGACAAGCCACCAAUAUUGUCCACGUCAUCUCUUUAACCUUGCAUGCUUCCUUUGUGUAUUUAAGCAUUUCUCAAAAAAUAUAGAACCAAUAUGUGCUCACUGGAUGCAUUGUUUGCUUCAGAUCCUAGCAUUACAUUUUAUACAGAUUAUUUGGUUAUGAUAAAAGAGAAUUGUCUGGGAUCAAGGAUGUGGAAAUGUGUCUGAUCAAAAUCACUAGCAAAAUAUGGGACUUAGAAUUUUACUGUACCAAAUAAGACUAAGAUUUAAGGACUAAAGUUCCUUGGAUUAUGUGAUUUGUUAAGAUUGCCACUGUUCUGGUCUCAACAGGAGAAAAGAAGAAGACUGUAUCUUCAGCCUUUUCCUUUUAUCAUGAGUGAUUUGGUCUCCUGAGUCAAAAGCACUGCAUUUGUUGCUACUCUUAAAUGAAGGGCCUCUCCUGAGACUCCAUCUAUGGGCCAUCAGAAGGUGCUGUCUUCCUAGAGUCAUGAGUGAUUUUUCUUGGCUCCUAGGGCUACUCUCUCUCCAAGGACAUUCCCGAGCAGUGUCUCUUGAGUUGCCAACAAUCUGAAGGGAGUGUGUUGUAGUGAACAAAAUUCCAGGCCACUUUUGCCAUUCAGGCUCUGAUUGUGCCUUAGCUUGCUUAUGAAUAAAAAUUAGAGUUAUGCUACCUACCUCACAGAGGUAUCAUGAGGAUAGCAUUUAGAAAGGGCUUUGAUGUCUCUGGAUGAAAAAUGCUAGGGGAGUUUGUGUGGGUGUCUUUAAUUCGUUUUUAAGUGAUAAUAAAUAUACUUGAGGGAAUGCUA